CUCUGGCAAGUAUUGUUGGUAUGUUUAUGUGCAUAUACUAGAAUGAAAUCGGAAAAACUUAAGCGUAAUUUUUGGCUUUCUGCUGAGAUAGAAUGUAUGCUUCAUUUAAUAAAGGAAUCCAGAGGAGUGGAGGGAACUUCGUCAACAAACACAACGCAAUCUACUUUUACACAAAUCGCCCAUAAAAUGAAAAGGCGGGGAUUUCCGAACAAAUCGCCAACACAAAUUCGAAGAAAAUGGUUUCAAAUGAAGUCUGCAUAUCUCUGCUACAAAAAGGGCAACGUUGAUCGAUUGUUUCUAAUACCGGAGAAAUUUCGUAGCGCUAUUGCCCAAUUUGUGGAAAGUGGCGAUAGAUUAGCAACUGGAGCUGCAUUAAAACGUCCCCAAACGGAAACAAAAUCUCGAGUGUUGAUACCGUCUCAUCUGCAAUGUCAAGGUUUGAAAAGUAUUAUAACUUCAUAUAACUUAUAG